AAUCAGGUCGCUGCUUGCUUCUCGCGCUGCACCAACAUGGCGGCUUUCUGAGUUUACGAAGAGGAAAAAAAUAGCGAAUGUGUAAAUAAACCGACUUUACGUUAAUUAGAGAUUCCGUCAGUCGUUUAAAGUGGUUGAGGUUUUGAUGAUCUAUCGCACAGAGAGAAAUAAAACAUGUCGAGUGACGGAAGUAAAAAGCAAUUCUGGAAAAGGAACACAGCGAAGGUUCCUGGCAGUAUACAACACGUUUAUGGAGCCCAGCAUCCUCCAUUUGAUCCUCUCCUACAUGCUAAUUUGAUCAAAGCUGGAAACAAGCCGCCCGUUACGAGCACACCCGGAAAGCCGAAGAAAGCCACCACAUUUCAGGAGUUCGAGAGCAUCACGAGUGAUGCGUGGGACGUGGGGGACGACGAUGAUGAGCUCCUCGCCAUGGCUGCCCAGAACCUCAACAUCGAGGUGGUGAUGGAGACGGCCAACAAGGUGAUCGAGAACCACAGUAAGCAGCAAGAGCGACGACAGCAGCAGCUUGACGAACCUCCAGGGCCAGAAGAGAAAUAUGACGAGGAGGGGCACGGCAAAGAUGAAGAAGAGAGGCUGGAGGAGGACGAGACAACCACAGAGCUGUCCUUUAGCUCGGAGCGUUUCCACCACAGCGACAGCCGGCUGGUGAAGUCCCACAGUGAAGCACCUAUCGGAUCGCCAAAGGAGAUGAGUGGCGAUCGCGCAGCGCUAUACAGACAGCAGUCGCUUCCUCACAGACCCCUCAUCCCCUUGGUGGCCCGCAUGGCUGAUCAGAACACAUCAGGAACUCCUGCCAUGACGGAGAGAGAGGCUUCUAGACUAGACAAGUUCAGACAGCUUCUGGCUGGACCUAACACAGACCUCGAAGAGCUGCGGAAGUUGAGCUGGUCAGGAAUCCCACGUCAAGUGCGGCCCAUCACAUGGAAGCUUCUCUCAGGUUACCUGCCUGCCAAUGCCGAGCGCAGAGCCAGCACGCUGCAGAGAAAGAGGCAGGAGUACUUCGGUUUCAUCGAGCAGUACUACGACUCCCGCAACGACGAGCAUCACCAGGACACAUACAGACAGAUCCACAUAGAUAUUCCUCGGAUGAGUCCGGAGACUUUAGUGCUCCAGCCGAGAGUCACUGAGAUUCACAUUGACAUACCGAGAACUAAUCCUCUUAUUCCUCUCUUUCAACAAGCUUCUGUGCAAGAGAUCUUUGAGCGGAUUCUGUUCAUCUGGGCCAUCCGGCAUCCUGCCAGCGGUUAUGUCCAGGGCAUUAACGAUCUUGUCACGCCCUUCUUCGUCGUCUACAUCUUCGAGUAUAUCGAGGAAGAGGUGGAAAAUUUCGAUGUUUCCAGCUUGCAGGAAGAGGUGCUGCGGAACAUCGAGGCUGACAGCUUCUGGUGCAUGAGCAAGCUGCUGGAUGGCAUUCAGGACAACUACACUUUUGCCCAGCCGGGGAUCCAGAGGAAAGUGAAAGCUCUGGAGGAGCUGGUGAGCCGAAUUGACGAGACGAUACAUCGGCACAUGCACCACUACGAGGUGGAGUACUUGCAGUUCGCCUUCCGCUGGAUGAAUAACCUGCUGAUGAGAGAGCUUCCUCUGCGCUGCACCAUCCGACUGUGGGACACCUACCAGGCUGAGCCCGAGGGCUUCUCCCACUUCCACCUGUACGUGUGUGCUGCUUUCUUGGUGCACUGGAGGAAGGAGAUUUUGGAGGAGAAGGACUUCCAGGGCUUGAUGAUCCUGCUGCAAAAUUUACCCACCAUGCACUGGGGCAAUGAGGAAGUGAGCGUGCUCCUGGCUGAGGCUUACAGGCUAAAGUUUGCAUUUGCAGACGCACCCAAUCACUACAAAAGAUGAGGCUUCCAGCGGCAUGACUACUGAACCAAGACUCUCAAUGGUCCACCCUGAGGCAUCUCAUGGUCCACUAUGAGACUCAUGAUGGUCCAUCAUAAAAACUCUGAUAUCCCUGAUGGCACCCAGCUUCCCUGUUAUUCCCUUGUAUUAUCUGAUAGCCCAUAUAAAAUUUUCUGAUAGGCCAUUUUGAGACUCCUGAUGGUUCAUCUCUGUACUCCUCAUAGCCCACCCUGAGACUCCCGUUGGACCACCUCGAGACUCCUGAUUUCCCACCUCAAGACUCGUGACGGCCCACCAUGAGACCGGUGAUGUCCCACCCUGAGUCUCCCAAUGGCCCACCCUGAGUCUCCCAAUGGCCCACCCUGAGUCUCCCAAUGGCCCACCCUGAGUCUCCCAAUGGCCCACCCUGAGUCUCUCAAUGGCCCACCCUGAGACUCCUGAUGGCCCACUUCGAGAAUCCUAAUGGCCUCCCUUGAGACUUCUUGGCCCAUCCUGACACCUUACAUGGUCCACCCUCAUACUCCCAACAGGCCAUUGAUCAGUUGGAAGUGGAGCGUGUUUACAUGACUCAGUGUAAAACCGUAGCCUUUUUAUUUCUUCACCCCCAGCUGUGUUCCGACUAACCCACACACUCCAAACAUCAACUACCCCCUGUCUAUUUAAUCAAGCCAAAAAAGGACGCUUUUCUCAAAAACAAGUUACAUAUCGGCAUUUUUUGUUCGUAUGAAUUUCCGUCCCUCCGACCCUUAAAAGGUUUCACAGCAAAUGUUUUGUGUAGGCUGAUAAAGUGUUACCAGUUUAUUACAAAACCCUGUGUUCUGCAAUGGUUAGAAUAGAAGUACUGACGCUGAGAGUGUGUGUGGGUGUGUGGUGACUGAGAGGAAGAUUGUCUGGCACAAAAUUUCUCAGCUACAUCAAGAGUAAUAGCUGGAAGUACACGUUUGCACUGAGCAGUCUCCAUUAGAAAUCUCCCAUACAGCUGCAGGUCAGGAGUGCGCUGCAUUAAAGGCAAUAAUGACACAUUAUUCAGACAGUAAGACAGAAUAGUGAUGCUUAACCAUGCAUCUAGAGAACUGGCUUAAAAAAUGAAAAGAAAGAAAAGCAGCCUGGAAGUAGAACAAAAGGACACUUUAUUCAAACCUAGGUCUACCUCAGGAGCCGGUCGUGUGGCUCGGCCUGAUCAGAUGGAAUGCAGCACGUAGGCCGUUCAUCUGCCUUCAUGUCAGAACAAUAGCCAUGACGUUCAUUCCCUGAACACUGUCUUUUUUUUUUCUUCUUCUUAAGAAUAAUAAUUAAUAUUUGCCUUAAUUUGGCUGCUACAAUUCUGCUAGAACCAGACAUUUGCUAUCACAAGAGGCUUGUCUGUAGAAUUCUAGCUGCUCCAAUCAAUUAGCCUUUCACAUGCUUAGUGGCCUGUUAUUUCAAACCUUGGUUUGGAGUUCAGAUCCAGACUUGUUGCAUGAUGCCAUCAUUAGUGCGUGUUCAGGGCGUAAAAGCUCUCCAUAAACUAAGUAGUGGCAGUAUUCAAACCUUUAUUCUGCAUUCAAUCAUGUUGUCAGGCUUUUCAUUUUCCCUGCCAGUUCUUAAAUCUAAUGAUAUAUGUGAAGAGAAAGAAAAUGCACUCUGUUUUCCCGUUUUGUAUAACAUCUUGCUUAAAUCAGCUUUUUUGUUGUUGUUGUCUUUUAUAUACUGUUUACAUGAGCCUGUUAAGUUGUGCCUAACAUCAGAAAUAGUGUAUACCAUCUCAGAUAUUUAUUUUUCUUUAACUCUGAACGUUCACUGACGGUUAGUAGGCUUGUGCUGAUAUCGCAUUUUAACCAUAUCACAGUGUUGCGUUUUAAAAUAAAUGACAAAUAAAUGCAGUGCUUCCUGCUGUGCGACAUUUUACAUGCAAAUGAGAGGUCGGGUGUGUUUUCCAAGAAUUAAUCGAGUCCAAACUGAAAAACGCAUUGACUUGGAUAGAUUUAAUUACAAACACUCUAUAGAAAUGCUUCCUACCGAUGCAGCCUCGUCUCAAAUAGCAUGCAGGAGUAGAAGGUAUUCUGAAGUGUUGUACGAUACUGUACACAGUGAUUAUCAGCACAGGCUUACAGAGUGUUCCCACUGCAGGGGCUCUUUGCAUGGACAACACGAGAACCUUGUUAACUGACCCUCUUUGUCUGGUUACCUCACCCAUAAGACUAACAUACAGUACGAGACCUGCUAUGUUUCUCUCACUUUUUUCUUUUUUCUUACUUUGUUUUUUCUUCCCUCGGUGAGCAGUUUAAAGCAAAGCCCUCGAUAUCAGACAAAAGAGUUUCAUGACUUUAGCCAUUAGAAUCUACAGAUUUUAAAAGAGUGUAAGAAGAUUUUCUGAAAUGUUAUUGAAUUCAAAUUUGUGUACAGAACAAUGACUUUUCAAAGCUCUGUAAAUAGAGAGAAAUGUGUAAAUAAAUGCUAUAUAUGAUCAACCA